AUGGUCGAGGAGUUCUUCACAAGCGACGAGCCGAAGUACGAAGAAUGUCGUCAUUUCUUUAAGGUUCUUAACCAAGAAAUUCGAAUAGCCAAUGAAAAGCAUCAUGUCGACAAGGAUACGGGUACCAUUCCCGAGAAAGGCUACAAUGCCCUAUGCAGGCCCUGGCGGCAAGCAGCAAGAACGGCAGAAGCAAACGGCUCCCCGGAGGAGUUUUGGUCGGCUUUCAAUAAGACUCGUGAUCUUCUGGCCCUCUUUAAUAAACGACAUUAUCUUCCUAAGCACUGGAAUAUCAGUCCGAUAUGGGCCGAGCAAAUAAUUGGGACACCAAAUCCCAAAAUUGAGCAAGACGACAGCUCCACUUCUGAUAGGGAUGAGCUCUCAGCCAAUGAAGAGUCCGGUGCUGAACAAGACAGUGAUGUCGAUCACGAUGAGCUCACAGGUCUUGAUGCCUUAGAAGCGAGAACCAUGAAACAGCAACGCCAAUUGAGCUCGGCUAAAGUGUUGUUCUGGUGGCCCAAAGGUACCGGAUCCCAGACCUUCGUGCGGUACGGAAGCCGCUCCACGCCGAUCUAUCGGAUUCGGGCUGGGUCACACGAGAGCUACAACCUAAGUCAAGUAGAACGUGUUUUGACGACUAAGACUCGCGGCACUGCUAAAGAGAUCGGGACUAGGGAUGGGCAUCCUGAAGAGUUCUGGAAAUACAAACGAAAGGACGUGGAGGACAUUAUUGGCAUCGGUUGGAAGAUUGAACAGGAUGAUGAGCAGGGGCUAGAUCCUCUUAACUUGCUCCAGCCCGCAAAAGGCAUGAUUUAUCCGCAAACUCGGAUUCUUGUCAAAUGGAAAGAUGGUAUCUUUACUCUGGAAGGACGAUCUUUCAUCCGCCGCAUCACAGCCGGCUCAGCCUUAGACGGCGAUAGAGUGAUUUAUCAAAAAGCCGAAGAGCUUGAGACUAACUAUCGCAAAAAGCAUGGGUGA